UUCCACUUAGUGUACAAAAAAGACCAAACCGGUCUUUCCUCUAUUCUUCGUCCAAAACUACUGGGGGCAUUUUAGUCCUUCAAGAACAUUGAAUGGAAACGUUAUAAAUAGGAAGGCGAGGGGCAUGCAUAGACAAGAACACAAGAUUAUCAUUAUUGUUUUCUUCUUGUUCUCCUUCAAUAUCUCUGGGCAAAAAAAAAAAAAAAAAGAUUUCCGAUAUGUAUUGGACAAACACGACGUCGUUUGGGAACAACUAUGUCCUAUCCACAGCCCAAGCCCUUGUGUUGAUAGUUUUGGUGAUGUUAUUCAAGAAACUGAAAUCUCCACAGAAAGGAUCCGAGAAACUUCCCCUGCCGCCGGGACCCACCGGAUGGCCGAUCGUCGGUAUGGUUCCGGCUAUGCUCAACCGCCGUCCCGUUUUCCGGUGGCUCCACGGCCUCAUGAACCAACUCAACACCGAGAUCGCGUGCAUUCGGCUCGGGAACACUUACGUGAUCCCGGUCACGUGCCCUCAGAUCGCUCGUGAGAUGUUCAAGCAACAGGACGCGAUCUUUGCCUCCAGACCCCUCUCUUACGCUCAGAAGGUUCUCUCCAACGGCUACAAGACGUGCGUGAUUACGCCGUUCGGGGAACAGUUCAAGAAAAUGAGGAGAGUAGUGAUGACGGAGAUCGUCUGUCCGGCGAGGCACAGGUGGCUUCACGACAAGAGAGCCGAGGAAACUGACCACUUGACGGCUUGGCUCUACAACAUGGUCAAGAACUCGAACCCGAUCGAUUUCCGUUUUGUGAGUAGACACUACUGUGGAAACGUGAUCAAGAAACUUUUCUUCGGAACGAGGACGUUCGGGCUGGGAAAUAUGGCCGAAGACGGUGGACCGACGGCUGAGGACAUCGAGCACAUGGAGGCGAUGUUUGAUGGGCUCGGUUUUACGUUUGCGUUCUGCAUAUCGGAUUUUCUUCCGUGGUUAACCGGGCUCGAUUUGAACGGUCACGAGAAGAUCAUGAGAAGGGCGAGUGCUGUUAUGGACAAAUACCACGACCCUAUCGUGGACGAGAGGAUUAAGAUGUGGAGAGAAGGGGAGAGAACUCAAGUUGAAGACUUUCUCGAUGUCUUCAUCUCUUUGAAGGAUGAAGAUGGGAAGCCAUUGCUUACCCCAGAUGAAAUCAAACCCACACUCAAGGAGCUUGUAAUGGCGGCGCCUGACAACCCAUCGAACGCUGUGGAAUGGACGAUGGCUGAGAUGGUUAACAAACCGGAGAUCCUCAAAAAGGCCAUGGAAGAGAUCGACAUGGUCGUGGGCAAGGACAGGCUCGUGCAAGAAUCCGACAUCCCGAAACUAAACUACGUCAAAGCCUGUCUCCGUGAAUCUUUCCGUCUCCAUCCGGUCGCGGCCUUUAACCUCCCACAUGUCGCGCUCUCCGACACGACGGUUGCGGGUUUCCACGUCCCGAAGGGAAGCCAAGUCUUACUCAGCCGGUACGGACUCGGCCGAAACCCUAAAGUUUGGUCCGACCCACUUAGCUUCAAGCCGGAGAGACACAUGAACGAGUGUUCUGAGGUGACGUUGAUAGAGAACGACCUCAGGUUCAUAUCGUUUAGCACCGGUCGACGAGGCUGCGCGGCUCCGGCGCUCGGAACGGUCAUAACCACCAUGUUGUUGGCGAGGGUUCUUCAGGGUUUCACGUGGAAGCUGCCGGAGGGUGAGACACGUGUCGAGUUGGUGGAGUCGAGCCAUGACUUGUUCUUGGCUAAGCCCUUGGUAAUGGUCGGUGAGCCGAGGUUGGCACAGCAUCUUUACCCGUCGGCCAACUAAGACGGCGAGCAUGUGUGUGUAUUAUAUAAAAGUUUAUUUGGUUUAAUAAUUUUUGGUCUCCUGCGCUUGAUAAAAUUGUGAUAAUAUAACAUCGGCAAGCUUUCAUCCA